AUGAAUUUUCCAAGCAGUGAAGCCGAAAAAACCAACCUACGACGAAAAUUUUUCGAAAUUGGAGGUUUUCCUGGAGUUGUAGGGUGUGUUGACGGGACUCACAUAGAAAUUAAAAGUCCGGGAGGUGCCAAUGUCGAAAUAUUUAGAAACAGGAAGGGAUUUAUGUCCUUAAAUGUUCAGGUCGUGGCUGGACCAACUUUGAAAAUCUUUGAUAUUGUUAUAAGAUGGCCUGGGUCUGCACACGAUAGCAGGAUAUUUAAUAGCAGCGCUGUAGCUAUGAAAUUUGAAUCGAAGCUAUUAACUGGAAUAUUGUUGGGCGACAGUGCCUACCAGCAAAAUCAAUUUUUAUAUUCUCCCAUUUUAAAUCCACAGACACCACCUGAACAACGAUAUAAUAUAGCACAUGUUCGUACCAGAAACGUUGUAGAAAGAACGUUUGGCGUUUGGAAAGGACGGUUUCGGUGCCUAACUGGGGCCUUACAAUGUAACAUAAAAAAUGUAACAAGGAUUAUUGCUGCUACAGCAGUGUUGCAUAAUAUUGCGCAGGAUAUUGGGGAAGAAAUCCCCAAUAAUAAUGAAAUUCCGAAUGAAGAACGUAUUGUGCCAGUUCUUCCUGCCGUGGAUCGUCGAAGAGGGAAUAUAAUAAGGAACGCUUUCAUACAAAGACAUUUCAUGUAA